CCGCAUUCUCUUCUUCUUCUUCUAGACUCUGCUUGUUUUUGGUUUCCCCACUGAGAAUUUUUGAAUUUCAUAUCACCCGAAGUUCUCUCGGAAAAGCAUUUAAACCCCGAUCAGAAACAAAAUCCGGGAAAGUGUUGCUGCCGUUGAUUUCCGUCCAGGGUUUUCCCCGAUUUCCGCCGUUGAUCUGUGCUCGGAACACCUCUGUUUCGCUACGAUUCUUCUCUCGCUUGCCCCGAUUAGAAUGGCGGAUUUGUUACCCAUUUACCUCAUUAUCGUGGCAUUUCUAUGCACUGUCGGAGCCAUUGCUUUGGCUUUAUUCCAUAUCUACAAGCACCUCUUGAAUUACACUGAACCCAUUUAUCAGAGAUAUAUUGUGCGCAUCGUCUUCAUGGUCCCGGUCUAUGCCUUGAUGUCGUUCUUGGCUCUCGUGUUGCCCAAAAGCUCUAUAUACUUUAACUCUAUCCGAGAAGUUUACGAAGCGUGGGUAAUAUAUAAUUUUCUAUCUCUGUGUUUGGCAUGGGUUGGAGGCCCAGGUUCAGUAGUUAUAAGCUUAACUGGCCGCUCUCUGAAGCCAUCGUGGCACCUCAUGACAUGUUGCUUCCCGCCACUACCAUUAGACGGGCGUUUUAUUCGACGGUGCAAGCAAGGUUGUCUGCAGUUUGUAAUUCUAAAGCCCAUCCUAGUUGCUAUCACACUUGUGCUUUAUGCAAAGGGGAAAUACAAGGAUGGAAAUUUUAGCCCUGAUCAAUCCUAUCUCUAUCUUACCAUCAUCUAUACGAUAUCAUACACAGUGGCUUUGUAUGCAUUAGUCCUCUUUUAUGUUGCUUGCAAAGAUCUGCUUCAGCCAUUCAAUCCAGUCCCAAAGUUUGUGAUUAUUAAGUCUGUUGUCUUUCUAACCUACUGGCAGGGUGUUCUAGUUUUCCUUUUCGCCAAAUCUGGAUUUAUAAGGGAUGAAGAAGAAGCAGCGCUCUUCCAAAAUUUUAUAAUAUGCGUGGAGAUGCUUAUUGCUGCAGCUGCCCAUUUCUAUGCAUUUCCGUACAAGGAAUAUGCAGGUGCUAAUGUUGGAGGAGCUCACAGUUUCUCAGGAAGUCUGGCUCAUGCUGUUCAACUAAAUGAUUUCUACCAUGAUACUGUUCACCAGUUUGCCCCUGCGUAUCACGAUUAUGUGCUCUAUAAUCACAAUGACGGUGGUGAGGAAGGGACAAGGAAGUACCGAGUACGAACAUUUGUGCCGACUGGUCAGGAAAUGGAUGCUGUUAGAAAGAACAAACUCAUGUUUGGAAACAAGAUAGAUGGUGUUUCGGUCUCCAGUCACUCGUCGUCUUCGGGAACAAGCACACCGAAAACUUCCGGGUUAGCUUCUGAUCCUGCACGCCCUGAGACCAUGAAAUCUUCCUUGUUGGUGGAUGCCUCGGACUCGGCUUCCACAAUGUAUGACAUGUCGCUCAUUGACAUCGAUAUAUCGAGCUAUCCAAGCAAGGUCCCUUCUGCAAAUGGACCUAGAUAGCGAGGAAAGAUCCACCAUUAACAGUAACAAAAGUGUUUAGAUUCAGGAGUCUCUCAAGUGUGUUGUUGAACAGGAAAAUAUUAACUGGAGAUGGAGAUAAUCACUGUUUUUACUCUUGUAUGUGUAAUCCCUUAUUCGUUCUUAUAUGAGUCUUCGUUCGCUAUCUUUGGUUUGUAGAUAUUAAAUGAUGAUUUUUGGUUACACGAUCUCGAAAGUUAGAUAAAGUUUGGAGCUGUGUGUAUUAAGUAUGUAUGGAGUUUGGAGCUGUUAGGCCAUCUCUUUUUAUGUUCCUUUCAGACCGUGAAUAAUUUAUUAGCCUUUUUUUUUUGUUUCUGUCAUAUUUAUGCUAACAUUGUAUUCAUUGUGCCUUGGACCAACCUAAAAUUUUGUUUUCUUAGCAUAUGCUUAAAUAAUCAAUUUAGUAAAUUUGAA